UUAACCCCAUGUUCAUCAUGCUUCACUGUCUUUGUGUCCAACAAUUCCAAGAUAUGAAGCUCUCCACUGUCCUAUGUUCACACAUUCUUCUCCUUGGUCUCUUUACUCCCAAAAUCCUAUCAGAUAGCCCUCCUCUUCAGGAUGUAUGCCCUAUGGCACCCCAGGGUGAAAGGAAGCUAUUCAUGAAUGGUUUCCUCUGCAAGAGCCCAAGCACCAUACUGGCCUCUGACUUCAAGACAUUGCUGCUCAACCAUGCUGGAGACCUGGAAAACAUGGCCCGGUCAUCGGUGAACAUCGUCACCGCCACCGAGUUCCCUGGCCUGAACACCCUUGGCUUGUCAAUGGCGAGGGCCGACAUCGCGCCCAGCGGUGCGGUCCUUCCCCACUCUCACCCAAGAGCAUCAGAGAUGAUGUUUGUUCACAGUGGAAGUGUGGUGGCAGGGUUCUUUGACACCAGGGGAAAGCUGUUUCAGAAGACUCUUGCUGAGGGGGAUGUGUUCAUCUUCCCUAGAGGCUUGGUUCAUUUCAUCAUGAACUAUGGUUUCAGCCUCGCGACAACUUUCUCGGUGCUCAACAGUCAGAACCCGGGUGUGGUUGGCAUCGCCCAUGCAAUGUUUGCGCCAGAUUCAGAGGUAGCGGAAGGGCUGAUGACCAGAAUGUUGAGUUUCAGAGACAUGGGGAUGGAUGGAUGAUAACAGCACUGUCAAUUCACCAUGGUUUUACUGAUGAUGGGGUUUAUUCAAGAUCGUAGAUACAUACAGAUGAUGUUUUUUAUUCCAUCCGUUCUAUAUUAUAAGACUUUCUAGGUUUGCUUAGAUUUAUCUAUGUAUCAA